CUCUUUAGAAAAGGAGCAAAUGUUGCGGAGACAGGCAGAGCUGGAAUCUGCACAGAGCCGUCUCCAGCUGCAGGUUUUGACAGGUGAAUGCAGCAAACUCCGCAAGCAAGUUCAGGAGCUGAAGGCUCUGGUGGCCCAGCACAAUGUGAGUGCUUCUCAGCAAGGUGGCAGCUUCCGCACCUGCCUGCCAGGCAGCCUCCCCUCCAGCCAAAGCCAGCGCAAGUACCACUUGGAAAAGGUUUUUGUGGUAUCUCAGACUGGGAGCUGCAGAGUAAUGGCAUAUUGUGACUCGCUGAGUUGUCUCGUGGUAUCACAGCCUUCUCCACAGUCUACUUUUAUUCCUGGGUGUGGUGUUAAGAUGAUGAGCGUGGCCAACCUGAAGAGCAGUCAGUACAUCCCUAUUCACAGUAAACAGAUUCGGGGACUGGCUUUUGGCAGUCGAGCAGCUGGCUUGCUGCUCUCUGCUGCUCUGGACAACACUCUCAAACUUACCAGCUUGGCAACAAAUACUGUGGUGCAGACAUACAACACUGGCCGUCCUGUCUGGAGCUGCUGCUGGUGUCUCGAUGACAGAAACUACAUCUAUGCUGGAUUGGUCAAUGGCUCUAUCAUGAUAUAUGAUUUGAGACACACAAACUCUCAUGUCCAGGAACUAGUCCCUCAGAAGUCCAGGUGCCCCAUGGUGUCGCUGUCCUAUCUGCCCCGGAUGGCCUCAGCAUCACUGCCCUAUGGUGGAAUAUUAGCUGGGACCUUGGAAGGAGCCUGCUUUUGGGAAAAGAAAGCUGGCGACUCCUACCAGCCUCAUCACCUGCCGCUGGAACCUGGAGGAUGCAUCGAUAUUCAAACAGAGAUCAGCACACGACACUGCCUUGCGACAUACAGGCCUAGUAAAAAUAACACGUGCGUGCGUUGUGUGAUGAUGGAACUGACCUGCAGCCCGCUGACAGAGGCCUCUGAUGAUGUGGUGUGUUCUUCUAACCCGGUUCAGACUUUCAGCGCUGGGCCCACCUGCAAGUUGCUGACCAAGAAUGCCAUUUUUCAGAGCCCAGAGGAGGAUGGCAGCGUCUUUGUGUGUGCUGGUGAUGGGGCAUCUAAUUCUGCCCUGGGAUCUCUCCUAUGGGAUGCUGGAAGUGGCUCCUUGCUGCAGAAGCUGCAGGCUGACCUGCCCGGGCUAGAUAUCU